ACGUCAAACCAUUCAGUUGUUUAUAUACCAUGCACAGCAGUAGUGUCACAAAUCCAUCAGUACAUAAUAAAUCACCCCCACACCCUCUGAGCACCGGUUAAACCCCCUGUCAGUCCUCUAAAAACCCGAAAAAUGGUGCGUGUAAUACCAGUGCAUAAUUUCCUGUCGCAGAAUGUGGGUCAGAUCGAUGAGCCAACGGCAUCCUGCACAGCCAAUGUCCAGGGUCAGGACAUGCUCCUGCUCGCCCUGUCCUCCCACUGCGUCAAAGUCUACGGAUUGUCCUCAUCGCAAUCAAAACUCCUGACAGUAUUCCCCACCGUCGAUUCAGUCCAUCAAUUACUCCACUCUGACAAAGGUAAUUAUGUAGCAACCCUAGAAUCAAAAAAUUCGAGGGACGGAGCAACGACAAAUAAUUUUGUACGCAUUUACGUUAAUUGGGAGAUGUCUGGCAAUCAGAAUCAAGCGAUGAGAGCGAGAAUAGCUGGACGAGUCACGCCCAGUCUCAACCGCACCCUAAACAGUCUCGAAAUGAUAGAGCUACCCCUCAACUCCCAACCGACCCAGAUAGCCUGCUGCCAGACCACCGGCAAUCUCCUGGUGGUGAUGGAGCACGAGGCUGCCAUUCACGAGCUAAAAGUCGAGACCCAGCACCUCUCAAAACAGAAAUUCCUAGACUUCGAAGUAAGACCCUGGUCCCUGAGAUUCACAUUCACCCCUGAGCACGUAGAAAUAGCCGAGGAAUUUAUUACCGUCAUGAAUACCACAAACUUCAUGAUGUUCAAACUAACGAAUCAGUUCAACGAUGACAUGAUCAACAACGUCGAGAGCAUUAACAACACAAAGAACACGAAAAAACGAAUGAAUCAAAACGCUAAAAUCGCGAGACAGGGCUCGGAAAGUCCUGACACUGAAAAGAAACUGAAUAAGAAACGAAAUUCCCAGACGAAAUCAAUCAUCGAUUACAAGAAAUCAGUGAUCAACGAGAGGCGCUUCAUCGACUGGGACCAGCUGGUGUCGAAGGAAGCUGAGGAGCUCCAAAGACUGGAGCUCCUGAAGAUCAUCGAGCCGGAGACAAAGAAUUUCAACGUAAUCCUGGGGUCGAUGUCGUCAGACGUAUCAGAGAACUCCCAGAGCUUCGACCCGCCAGUGGUACCAGCCCCCGAGAUCUCAGCGACGAUCACAACGAGGUCCAACGAGGACAGCUGGUCAGAGAACUACAGCAUCGAGCACCUGCUGAGGCUGAAGAUCCCCCCGACGUCUCCCGAAGCCUCGAAGGACUUCGAUAAUGAGUACUUCACGUGCUGCGGGAUGAAGCCCUCCUACUGGAGGUCCAAGACUCUCAACACUAAGCAGAAGAGGUCUCUCCUGCGCUCCCAGAAGUACAACGUAUUCAACGGGGUGACCUGCCUCGUCUGCACAGCCCAGGAAGGCUACCUCUACCACUUCUCCCCCUCGAUGAAGGAAGAAAUCUCUCUGAAUUUGUCCUCGUGCACGGUCUACCCAUUCACCUCUCCAGUGAGCCACGUAGCCCUGGAGAACACUGCUCUGCACGCCCUCACCGAAGCUGGCCUGGAGUCCUACACCCUUCGCCUGCCCCAAGUGAAGACGAAGAGCAGCAUCGAGAGUGACGAUCACAACGAGCCUGACACCAUCUCCCUAAUCGGCUUGAGACCGUUCCUGGGGGUCAAGAAGCUCCUCCACGCAGCUAGAUGCCUAGUACUCCUCGCCUCCGACCAAGACUCGUGGACCUACUACUCCCUAGCCCUCCCCAAUCCCGAAGACGUCUACUACGACAUCCUGGGGGCAGCCAAUAACCACAAGGGGUCGAGCCCCUGCACUUACAAACACCUCCUAGGCGAAGCUUACACUGUUCUCAAACUGGCUAAAGACAUGGUGUACUACACUUCUGACGUGGAGUACUCCAGCAACAUCAACGACACCUCGAGGUCUCACCUGGACAAUUUGUACAGGCAGUCCUGUGGGCUGCUCGCUGACUACUACGUCUCCUCGUCGUCCCCCUACGACUGGAAUUUUUGUAUUCGUUAUUAUAAGCUAGCAGGCUUGAGUGCGCCUGAUGUACUGGGAAGAAAAGACGUGGGUAAAGCCCCUGGAGUUGUCGUUUAUCUGUCUGAUGUGCUGCUGAGCUUGCAGUCAGGCCCUGAAGCCGACGCUCUAUUCCAAGAGCACAAUAUCGUGGAGGUUCUGGGGGGCGCGGAGAAGGAGGAUCUUCUGAAACUCAUUCUUGCGAGCCCUGUGCUGAGGGAGUAUGCCACGGACAAGUUGAUUCAUGUCUUGAGUGGCUGGGAAGCCACGGAUGCCAGUCAGUUUGCUCUGGUGCUGCUGUACACCCAGGCGGAGAGACAGCAGCUCGCUGAGAAGGCUCUCGAGAGUAUUUCUGAUCGGUACAUCACAGAGGCCACUCUCGCCAACUGGUCCUGGCUGUUUGAUGUGACCAGUGUGAAGAAGGGAAACGUCAUUCCUACGUUCUCUGAUUACGCUGGGAUUUUAAUGAGGCAGAGGACGAGGGUCUUCGCUGAUGUCAUCGCCAAACUCGUGGGGAAGGAGGCGCUGACCUUGAAUCAGAUGAUCCAGAUUUUCCUGGCGUAUCUGCCUUCCAGGGUUGGGAGGGAUGGGAGACUAGCGGCUGGCGCUCUGCAGCUGACUCUGGAGACGUAUUUCAAGGGGGUUUUCAAGGGGGAUGAGGGGAAGGGGAGGGAGGGGACUGGGGAGAGCGAUGUGGCGUUUUUGGAGGGGUUUAAGAUACUGGUGAGGUCGUACCUGGGGGAGCUGGCGCAGGGACAGGGACAGGGGAAGGGCGAGGAGAGGGAGGGGAAGGAUGUCUUGUUUGGGAGCUUGAGGCCUGAGUUCCUGGACCAUCCCAUGCUCUAUAAGAAUGAUGAGGGGAAGGGGGAGGCAAGGCAGGAGGUUGUCAAGCUGCAGGCGUUACUGGCCAGUGGACAUCUCAGCAAUGAGUGCUAUGAGGAGGUCAAGAGGUUCUUGGAGACGCAGAGCAUUGAGGGGGGGCUGUCCUUUAAGGUGCUGUGCGUCAGGGACACGGAGAAGGGGGUGGAGCUGCUGGCGGAGAGGUGCCCACAGGCGCUGCUGAUGUAUGCCAAAGAUAAAUAUACCAAAGAGUCAGAGUGGAAAUAUUUCGUGCAAUUCUUGCUGCACAAACUCCAUGAUUCUCGGGAGAACCCUGAAGCCUUCAACAUUUACGACGAAUUAUUGAGAGAUACAGCGAUUUAUAUAGCACAAACCAUGUCAAUGAGGGGUCUGCAGCGUGUACUACCCAACGACAGCAGCAUCCCUUCGUUACAACAAUACAUAGACAUCAGUAGUCAAGUUGUGCACGCUGAUUACAUUAAAACAAUGAUAAUGGGUACUGGUCAGCAUUUACUAACUAAUAUCAAUUUUUAGAUUCUCACUGUGAUGAUUUAUAAAACUAAUGUGAUUUUUUCUCAAAAGAACAAACGUUAUUAUCUUAGAGAAGUUUUAAAAGUUUAUGUAAACGUAUUGAGACAUUAAAUAAUGAUGUGAUAAAGAGAUUUAUUCGUGGCAGUCAAUUCGUUAAUCGAAGGAUCUGUAAAUUAUCCAUUAUCCUUAUUUAUUUUUUAAAAAAAUGUUAGAAUUUUAUCAUAAUUAUUUUGAAUAAAAGAUCUUUCAUUAAUCUUAUCUCAAAAAUGGAUCGGAAUUAUUCCUCGUAAGUCUUCAAGACUCGUCUUCUCAUUUGUACACUCAGGAUACAAAAAAAAAUCAUAUAAAAAUCUUCAGAGUUCGGUUUUGUUCAAAGUUAUGAACAUGAUAUUUACAACAUUAGUUCGAAAAUAGUCAGGAAGUACAAUUUUAAUCUCUUAAAAUAAAUCGUCGACUUCCUUUGGUAUCCAAAAGAAAAUCGACAUGGACGGCUUUGCGAUAUACUUGUACAUUAAUCUCUAA